UUAAAUUCAAAUGGAAGAUUACGCUCCAACAGAUUUUUUAUUUAGUUGUGUAUAAUUUAAGUGUUAAUAAAAAUCUAUAGGAUUAAAUUUUCCAAAGUAAAAUACUUGCCGUUCUAACCUUAAGCGGCGAAAGUAUAAUGCAUCAUAACCUCAAAGCUGAAUUUGUUUUCCGUUAUAAAUUUUAAAAUCUGUUCAGUUUAACAUGCAGAAGUUACAAGAUAGUGUUUUUUCAAUAAUAAAAACUACAAACCUUUCUCCUGCCGUGUUCAGUUAUUUGCAGCCAUCGGAAAAUGCAGAAAAUGUUCCUCUGGGUGGUAUUCUAAGUGACACGAAGCAUGGCUGGCUGGCGCUGGGCACCAAAUUCUGUGUGGUGGACCUUAGAACCGGGCUGAAGGUAGCUGCCAGGACCUUUGGAGUCCCUUAUAGCAACACCAACUGUACAAUCACCAGCGUAAUAGAACUGCCCACACCGCUCACCGAAAACUCCAAGCAGCUCAUUGUCUGCCUAGAAUGCGAAGACCUCACCGGCCUCAUCUGUGUACUCCAUGUCAACGGCUCACAGAUCCUCCGGUGCAUCCAGACAGAUGUGGUGAUUACGGAGAUAGCUGUGUGCGAUGAGGUGCCGGAUGGCCCGUUGACAUGCUUUGAUGGAGUUAUCAUGGCUGGCUCCAAGAGAGGAGAGAUUUUUGCGUUUGAUCUGAAUAGAGCCAGUCUUAUUCAAGCAUUAAAAGACAUAUCCCAAGGCUACGAGCACCUAGUCCGCAUGGAAUCUAACCCAGCCAAUCUAGCAUUCCUCUCUCACAAUGCUGUCUCACAAAUAGACCAACACAGAGAUCAGGCAUUAGAAAACGAUGACCAUCUUGCUCUAAUCCUUAACGAAAACUCACUAGUUGACGGCCAGUAUUUGUUUAGAAAUCCAGAUGGUUCAAUUCGGAUGAAAGCGAAACAGGACCACAUAAGAGUGUCAUCACUUCAGUAUGUGCCGCAAUUGGGCAGUUUGGCGGUUGGAUUUAAUUUCGGGGCGUUCCAGAUUUGGAACAUGAUGAGUUUGGAGCUGGAGUUCGCGUCGCAGGUUAAUAGAGAAUGCUUGCCGGUCACGCAUUUUGGAUUUCAGGAGCCUUGUGACGACCCGAGAGCCUUCUGCUACCUGUGGGCCGUGUUCUCCGUGAUGGAGAGGUUUGAGGAAGAAGAGUUCCCCCUGGCUGUCAUGUACUCCCUCACCUAUCAAGGGAAGAGGAUGCUUUCGGAUACCAAGUGUCUUUAUCAGGACUUCAUGAUGGCGACAAUAAGGUUCCAAGUGGAGCUGACUGUGAUGGAGAACGCCGGUCAGUUCGUUGGUGGUAGAUGCGUGUCUUGUCACGCGUACUCCGUUAGUUCUACCUUAGGGGAGGAGGGUGAAGAUAGCAUGCUGAACAUCUGCCAGCUGGUCUGGGAGUGCUGGGGCGAGAACGUAAACUCCGCCACGGAGUAUGGCAUGCUGCUGUUCGACCUGGACCAGUGGUAUAAGGACCAGAUGCCUUCAACGUACAGCCUACAAAGCAACGCGUUCAUGAGCACCUCGUGGUGCGGGCAGCUGGCCGCGGCCGGGACUCGAACCCUGGACGUGCGGCUGCAGCCCGGCUCCGUCACGCCCUACUCGCACGCCACUCGCCUCGAGGAGCACUUCUACCCGAACUCUAUACAUUACAAUUGCAUCUGCCUGAACACGUCGGACGCGUGCGUGCUGAACACGGCCGGCAUCCAGCGGCAGAUCAUAGCGGCGAUGGACGAGACGGGGCCGGCGGCGCUGCUGCACCCGGCGCGGCUGCACCGCGCGUGCGCCGCCGCCGGCCUCGCGCCGCUCUACGCCGACGCGCCGUCCGCCGCCGCCGACCCCGCGCCGGAGGAGCAACGAAGAUUCCUAUUAUCAGUGGCGCUGGAAGCUCGCCUGUCUCGGUUCCUCAAGCGCUGCGCCCACGACUGGGCCACAGGCAGCCAUCAUGGGGUCGGCUGCACGCUUCCGUUUCUGGUGGAUUGGUGUUGGCGCCGCGCCAUACAAUUAAAAGAGAACGCGAAAGAGCUCACUGCUCCGCUGUUCUCCUCUUCGUCUUUACCUGACAGAAACGUAGUGCGGUGUCUGGAACACUGUGUACAACAGCUGACGCAGCUGACCGGCUUACUGGACGCCAUACUUACUAAAUGCUGCAACCUCAUUGUUCCCGAUGCUCUAAGCGAGAUUGAGGAGAAGUACAAGGGCGUGGGCACGGUGGCGCUGUACUUCCAGGUGGUGCAGUGGUUCCUGCGCGUGGGGCUGCUGCCCGAGCGGCGCCACGACCUGCCCUACCCGGCCAGCCAGCUCAGCGAGAUAUACACUAAGAGGCGAAUGAAGCUGCAACGGCUACAGAGCGGACUGCCCAACGAGGACGCGAGCAAAUCAUGCUCGUUGCUCUACAUCGAUCAGCUGAUCGAGAACGAGUUCGGCGGCGAGAGGAUACAACAGAUGUGGCUGAAAGGCGGCAGCGAGACCAACGGGCUGUACCCGCCGCCGUCCCUCUACUCCCUCCUGCGGCUGUACCUGCUGCCCGACAUCGCCGAGGAGCACAAGCACUCGCUGGUGCUGUACCUGCUGGUGGACUACUCCAUGCUCUACGAAGUCAGGUACGAGGCGGUGGUGCGGCGCCUCAUGCAGUUCCCGACGAUGUUCGGGCUGAGCCACACGGCCAUCAAGGCCACGCAGGCCUUCUGGCAUCUCGACCACAGGGAUUUCGAUUUCGCCCUAGACCAGCUGCAAUGCCUGACGGGCAACACUCUCUCCCCCUGGCAACACCACGCCGUCCUCUCUUCCCUUCUAGCACAGAACAUGACACAGGCCGCCCUACAAUACCUGCACGUGCGAAAACCAGCACCUGUCCAGAACAACAGGGUCAACGACCAUGAUAAAUUAGAGGACUGGCAGAGCUGUUGCAACCUGUAUCUAGCGAGAAAAUUGGUGUUUGAGGCGUUGGACGUGGUCAGAAUGUGUGCGCAGAACGCGGGGAGUCUAGAGGAGAAGCUUCACGUGUUGAACUUCUUUUUCAAAGGGUGCCGCAAUACAGGGCAGUUGUCUAAACUCCUUCAAGUGACCUUACUGCCUUUUGAAGAGGAGGCGUUCAUCAAGUACUUGGAGACGUGCAGCGACCCGCAUACCUCGGACAUACUCAUCAUGUACUACUUGCAGCAAGCCAGGUACUUAGAAGCUCAACAGCACAACUGCAAGCUCCGUCACACGAAGCGCGCCAACAUAACCGCCUCCUCGUCCUCCAUAGCGGACGCGUUAGACCGGCAGCAGGCACGAGACACGCUAGUAGAUGUGGUGUGCGCGUCGCUGCCGACCAUCGCCUCCAGAGUGGCGCGCACGGCGCUCAGCAACGACUGCGAGCCGCAUAUUUUGGCAGCCAAGCCGAUGUCGGUGUUUGUUCAAGCGAAAUCUCCUAAGAACACUUUCACCUACAAAUCCUCCUUUAUUCAGGACACGAUAGAAAACGCAAGUGAAACCUGGGUAAAUAGACCUAAGAUGAGGCGCGGUAUUAAACGAGCGCUGAAUAUUGAAGACACACCCUUCAUCUGCACUCCGAAGCUGUCAAGAACUAAGAGUAUAUUCAGUGACUUCCAAUCCGAGUCGACGCCGCCAAAGCGCGCCAAACUCGACCUUACCGGCACGCCGCGAACGCCCAAGUUCCCGCGCACGCCGCAAGCCGAACACAUGAGUCGACAGAUGGCGACACUGUUGGACAUGCCCGAAGUGCAGAGUCCGGAUGGGAAGAUAUAUGAUAGGAGUGGGGCUGGGACGCCACAUAGUAUACUCAAGAUAAGAAACUCGGCCCUCGGUCGCGAUGCUCCAUCUCCGGUCGACUCCCGAUACCUCGGAGACAGUGACGACGAACUAUUGGAAACUGCCAGCAACCACACUCACUACAGCGACUCCACCAACAAACACCUGCGUUUCACGAUCCCGACGGCGUCCGAGUCGGGGUCAACGCCCUCGCCGCCCGCGCCCUACGCCGAGCUGCGAGAGAGAGAGCCGCGCCAGAGAGAGAUGGACGAGUCCAUGGAGAGCUUCGUCACUACCACCAGCACCGCGCAUCCUAUGAAGGAUGACAAUCCUUUCGAAUCGCCUCUCAAGAAACUGGCAACGGAAGAGAAGAUUUCGUCAAGGAAAUCUUACAAGGAUAGCGUUCGGUCGAGACGUUCUCUCUCAAUCUCCGCCAACAGCAGUCUCUCCGAAGACCCCAACACCUCCAUAGAGAGCAUCGCAGACAUCCCCAUCACGCUCAUCAACCCGCGCUACCGCAAGAAAGAGACGGACACACUAGACAGAGACAGCGCGUCGCCGGGCAAGGAGCGCUCGCCGAGCAGGAGCGAGACAGAGAUGGAGCAAGAAGAGAGGGACAUCGUGCCGCGCACGCCGCGGGGGAGGAGGGGUAUAAGGGGGGCCGGGGAGAGCACGCCGCUGGCUAACAGAAGUCGUUCCGGCACGCCAGAGCACGUGGACUCUCCUAUAGUAACGCCUCUAAGAUCGAGCAGAAACACAAGGAGCCGUUCCCGCACACCGGAAAUAAGUCCGCGAGCGUCGCCACUGGCUCCCAUCCUGGAGCAACCCAGACAGGAAGUGGAGAGUGAACCACAUCCUAUCAAGACUACUCUUAGUGUACAGAGCCGAUUAAGAAGUCGUUCUCGCACCCCUGAGAGAAUUGAGAAAGUGGCCGAAUCUCCGCGCCUCGAGGCCAUCACGGAGUCUCCCACACAACCGGAGGAGCCCGCGUCGCCGCGGAGGCCACUCAGGAGCCGCUCGCGCUCGCCGCAGCUCGAAAUAGACGUGCCGAAGAGCCCGAGGAGUUUAAGAAGCCGCUCAAAAACGCCAGAAAAACUCAUGUCGCCCAAAGCCGACCGCACCACUAAAGCCAAAAAAUCGCUCACCAGAAUAGUCUUAGAAGCCAAUACGUUCAAAGCCAAAAACACCGAACCAGAGAAAACUAAUGAAAAUGAAGAAUUGAUCGAAUGUACUCCUAUGAAGCCUAAACCAGACGCUAGCAUGGAUGUAUCGUUAUCUCCAAUAGUCAAUAAGUCUGUUCUUACUGAAACUCCAGAUAAGGUACAGUCAGCUGACAGCAGUAAGGCCAACAUAGCAUUGCCUGCAUUCACCAAAAUGAACGAAACUCAAUUCGGUAAAUCAGUACUGCAAAGUUGCGAAAGCAGCGCCGUUGAAACUUCACAAGAAACCGAAAAAGAAAAAGACAAUGAAUCUGUACAUGUCAAAACUCUCCCAGCAUUUACUUCAAUGAACGAUAGUAUUUUUGCUAAAUCCGUGUUGCAUAGUUAUGAGAGCAGUGUAGCAGAAAGUUCAAUACAUGAAGUAUCUGUUACUAAAGAGAUAUCAGUUACUCAAGUAACUAAAACAGAAGUAUCUAUAGCUUGUACGUCUGUAUUAAGAGACCAAUCCAGUCUUUUGACUAACGACAGCGAUUCAGAAACCGGAGACAAGUCAGAUUGGAAGGGAGUGGAGCGCGUGGAAGGCUCCGCGCGGGACAUUCAGAAGGAGAAGGAGAGGAUCGUGGAAAUAGAGAGGGAGAUCCAUGAGAUAGAAGGAGACAUGAGCGACGAGGAGGGGUCGACUGAUGAGGAGAUCGUGGAGGGAGCUGCAGAUGAUGAUGAUGAGGACAGUUCAGAGGAAGAGGAUGCUGAUGACGUGUCAAGGUCAGGCUCCGACGACGACGAAAUAAUAUCAAUCGGAGACUCUUCAGCCGAAUCCAACGCCGACCAAACCUCAUCCGACAGUAACGUUCAACACAGAAACGACGAUGAAAGCUCCGACAGCAACAGAGAGAAGAUUGAAGAACUAACCGUGAAUAGGGAAAGCCCAGAGAUGGAACAGUCGGAGCGAGAUCCGUUGAACCAAGGGGGGGUGUCGCUGCUUACUGAUGACAAUUCCAAGCUGUCCGAAAAUGAUAUGGAUCUUAAUUAUGAGGAUGAUGAAGAGGAAACUAAGAAAGAAACAGACUCGACUAAAACUGAAACUGGAGAAUCGAAAAUUGAAACAAAGGCACCAGAACCGGAAAAGGACACACCGGAACAAGAUGCAGCAGAACAAGCACUCAAAAGGGAGAUGGAAACAGUCAUAAAGAUAGAUGUGGUUGUUGAAGAAGUGAACCCUAUUGAAUUAAAAGAAACUCCUGCUGUUGCGACUGCAAAAGGUACUGAUGUAGUAGACGCCAGUUCAGACAUAAAGAAACCGGAGUUCAUGGAAGUCGAUCCUACAUCUAAAGAUAUUGUUGCAGAUAAGGUAGUGCCUGAAGAGAAAACGGUAGAUAAAGUUGAAAAAGAAGCUAAAGAGUCACAAAAAACUAUAGAAACUGCAGAAUCUGAAAAGGAAAAACCUGAAUCUCGUUUACGCAAACGCGCCGCGUCCACAUCAUCGAAUAAAUCUAAACAGGAUGAUAAAAUAAUGGAUGUUGCAGAAAUUGAAACGAGAAAGCCUAUGACUAGAAAGCGCGCUAAAUCUACAGCGUCCAACCAAUCGGAGGAGGUUGAAGAGACGCCGAGUAAGAUAAGUAACCCCACGCCUGCCAUGAGGAGGUUGAUGGCGAAACUUGAGUCUAAGGAGGCGGAGAAUAAGGCCGAGAGUCCGGUGAGGCCGCAGCGCCGCGCCACGCGCCGGCGCAGCAACAAUGAUGACAAUGUCAGCGUCACGUCGGAGGACUCCGCCAGGUCGACGAGGAGUAAGGCUAGUGAAAAAGAGAAGAAAGGAAGGAAGUCCAUAGUGGCGGUGAAACCGGAGCUCAGCGCCAUCCCGGAAAUGUCUGUAGACGAGUCCAAGGUCGACGUCGGGGAUUACUCCAGCUCGAGGAGGUUGACCCGGCACCAGAAGUCACUGCUCUCCACGCUGGAGCUGCGCCCGCGCGUGGGCCGCGACGCUGCGGAGGACAGGGAGCCCUUCGAUGUGCAGCCCCUCGACAGGAUCAGCCUGCUCAACAAGACCGACUUCGAAGGCUCCCCCGACGCGGCGGAGCCGGCGCGGCGCUCGCCCGAGACGGACUCCCUCGUGUCGCACUCCUCCGGCCGCAGGACGCCUCGCCUGGCCCGAGCGGCGUCCGAGACGAAAACUGUCCCUAAAGCGGCCAAAAUUGGAAGAAGAGUUUCUGUAGAUGUCGUGUCGUCGCCGAGCUCGCCCGCGGGCCGGGCCGGGCGGCGCGCGUCGUUCACGCGGGCGUGCGAGGCGCUCCACACGCCUAAGGGGCGCCGCGCUUCUAUGGAUCUCAAGAAGGAUACAGAUAGCGCACCGGGCUCCCCGGCGGGCUCGGAGGCGUCCGGCCCGGCGACCCCCGCGCGCCGCGGACGCCGCGCCUCCACACACUCCAGCUCCAGCGUCACUAAAGACACUACUAAACGGUCUAAAAAGCUAUCAACUGUAGAAGAAAGUGAUGCCAAGAAAUAAUUGUUAUUUAUAAGUGUAGGUUAUAUUUAUUUUGUUUUGUUUUUGCAUUUAUUAUACAAAUAGUCCAACCAGAAAUAAAAUUGUAUAGUUAUAUAGUAAAUUAAGCGUAUUUACAUACUAAGGCAUAGUGAAAUGCAAUAAAAUAUUAUUUCUGGUCAGCCUAUUAACUAUUAGGUAACUUUUGUUUUAUUUAUUUACAUUUUCCACUAACUAAUAAAAGAUGGAUUAACAA